AGCCUAUCCAACACCCAUAUACCGUAAACGGCUGCGGUGGGCCAAGCGUUGUCACAAUGGCAGCCAAUCCGCCACACUCGACUUUACAUGACGGCCAGAGCGAAUCUGAUCUCGAGUUCGAAAGGUUUGAAUACCUGGCCAGUCCUCGUAUGUCUGUUCCUAGGCGUGCCAGCGACACCGAAAUAGGCCUCCCAAAAACAGAUGGUAUGACUGUGCAUACACAGGACCCGCAAACAGACACUGAAACAAAGCGAUCUGGGUUCGAUUGGAGCGGCUCCUGGGCAUGGGAAAUUGGAUCUGUUACCCUAGCCGUCGUGGGCGUUGUUCUUUUGGUUGCCUUUCUUUUCAAAAUAAACAAUACCCCAUACGCGAACUGGCAAUAUACCGUGUCCCCUAAUACUGUCGUGUCAAUCAUCGUCACUAUCACCAAAGCCGCACUGCUGGUCUCGGUGUCCUCGUGUCUCGGUCAGCUGAAAUGGAACCUAUUUCAAAAUCCAGCGCCACUAUAUCAGAUGCAGCUUAUUGACCAGGCAAGCCGGGGACCCUGGGGAUCUUUGGAAGUUUUACUGAGGGGAAUAUAUGGGUCGAGAACAGGAAGUCUGACUUAUAUUGGGGCAUCUCUCACGGUUCUGGCUCUUGCAGUGGAUCCAUUUGCACAGCAAAUUUUGACGUUCCCUCCACGAACCGUUCCUGCACUGAAUGCCACUGCAUUUACCCAAACCUCACAACAAUGGUACUCCAUAGAGGGUUCCGAUCAAAGUGACGUAGAUACUGGGCUCGAGCCGACACUUCUUACUUCAAUAAUGAGAGGGCUCUUGGAGACAUAUAGUCCUCUUAGGCCUCAAUGCAAUGCAAGCUCUUGCAACUUCCCAGAGUUUGUUGCACUGGGGAUGUGUAGCAAAUGCGAGGAUGUCACAGCUCGAACAAAGCAAAAGUGUCACGCGUCAGAAAAUUCAAUAUUCUUGGAUGCUAUCGCCGAGCCCCUCAGGGCAAGCCCUACGAAUUGCAGCUACCAAACCCCGAAUAACUUCUCUUUUGAUUUUGAAGAAUUCCCCCACCCGCGCCUCUCGGGCGACAAUAUCAUAUAUGGUAUAAACCAUUGGAGUUUACGUCCAAUGGUUAUGGACCUAGCUCUUGAUAUUCGAAUCCCAACUUUUGACAUUCAGACCCCAAUUGGCUCCUUCACUGCGAUAAAUUAUACCACCGAGGUUACCUACGCUAUAUCCAACGCGACAGCCCUCCCACCAAAGCCAUCGGUAACACAAUGUGCUGUAUACUUUUGCGAGCGACAAUACACAGCGAGCUCCUACCUGUCUGGCGACCGAAAAAGUCGUCCAAUGCAUGUUGGUGAUACACAGCAGCUCAUUCCUACAGAGGCCCUUGAGGAUCCUCUUUUUACCCCAAACCGUCCUGUUCACUUUGCACCCCCGGACGGGUCCGCAACCCUAUCAAAGGACUCGUCAUACAGCAUCGAUCUUCGCACAUUCGGCCAUUUCGCAGAUACAAUGAUGAGCUUUUUCAAUAGUACAACUCAAUUCGGUGGAGCGGUAUCAACAUCAACUGUGUUGAAACUGGGAACGAUCCUGCGCAUGGAUAACCUCAACCGAUUGCUCGAUUCGAUGUCCAUCAGCGUCACUGAUACCUUCCGCAUGAAUCCCCUUGGUCACAAGAUUCCCGGGAAGGCAUUUCGAGAGGAGACAUUUAUUCAUGUCCAUUGGCCAUGGAUUAUUCUUCCGGUCAUUGUUACUCUGGGAUCAAUUGCCCUGCUUCUGGGAACUGCAAUAGGAAGUAAACACCGGAAAUCUGUGCUAUGGAAGUGUAUGGUGCUUCCGUUGUUAACAAGCCAUCUCGAUACUACACCAGAGAAUAGGAUUGCGUCUGUGCGCAGCGUGGAUGGGAUGACUGAUAUGUCGAAGAAGAUGCGCGCUGUAAUGGUACAUGAUGAAGGGCCACUUAUAUUCAAGGAAAAGUAAACAUGUGCCUGCAUGCGGCACAUAAAUGAAGAUACGAAUGUACGAGCUAUUGAGUUAAGCCAUCAAGGGAUUUAUUCUAUGUCUUUCCCAAUAUAUGAGUAAGAACAAUUCCAUGUUUUACUUAGUAACAAAACGAC